AGCCAUGGAGACCGCGCGAGAGCGAGGCAGCUGGUAGAGUUCUCACAGCGAGUGUUUCCGCACACCUAGAAGAAAGAGCUGGCGAGCCGAGAGCAAGGAAGAGGGCAGACGUGACGGAACUAGACGACGAAAACAUUAUAUUUUUGUAUUAUUUCGCCACAUUCUGGUUUGGCUGUAUCCAUUUUCACGACCGUUAAUGCCUCGAAUGUGAAGCACCGAGAGGAGGGCUCGCCGCUGUUAACAGUUAAGCCGUAGAGGACUCUCGCUGGUCGCCGGAGGAAAAGAUGUGCGAUGGAAUGGUAGCGUUUCAGACGAGAGCCCUGUCCUCCUGCUCUUCUUCUUCCUCCUCCACCUUCAUCUCUUCCUCUCUAGCCCACAGACUGGCUGCCUCCGCGCUUCUCCUCCUCUUCACCCUGCUCCCUCAUGGUCACGCAUCAGGUUGUGCGCAGCCACCCGGCGUGCAGCACGGAGACCUGCUGAACCAGACCGAAGCCAACCGGGGCUCUUUCCCUCCGGGCACCCUGCUCACUUAUGGCUGUGAGCCUGGCUACACUGCAGAUGGGCCCACCAGCAUCAUUUGUACCAGCUCUGGAGCCUGGUCCUAUCAACCGCCACGCUGUAUCAGAAGCAAUGUGUGUUCACCGCCCACUGAACCUGAGAACGGGGGCUACCGCUGUCACCCUUCUCCCUGCCACCGCCUCACCCACAAGACAGUUAUCGAGUACUUCUGCGACGAGGGCUAUGCUCUGAAGGGGGACUACAAGUUCCUCACCUGCCAGAACGGCGAGUGGGACGGUCCAAUGCAGAUAAGCUGCCGCCUCACACAAGACAAGGAACCGAGCUCUCCUCUGGGUAUACCAGCUCUGUCUAUUGUGGCGUCCACAGCUAGUUCUGUGGCACUCAUCCUGCUUUUAGUGGUGCUGUUUGUCCUUGUACAGCCCAAACUCAAGUCCUUCCAUCACAGCAGGAGGGAGCAGGGAGUCUCAGGCCAGCCCAGUUCCAUCAUGGUGGAGGGCGUCCAGGUGACGCUGCCCUCCUACGAAGAGGCUGUUUAUGGAAGCAGUGGACUGUGUGGUGCUUCCGGUCCUCCUCCUUCUCCACCACCUCCUCCAGCUCCUCCGGAGUCUCGAGUCCCGAUCGUGCUCUCAGAGGGGCUUCCUCAGGGAGCCACAGGGGGCCCCAGCAGAACCCGCCACCACAGAGACUUAGACUUCUGUCUCCCAUCCACGUCCUCCUCGUCGUCCUUCUCCUCCCGCCGUCAUGCAGAGACGGUGCUGGUUCAUCAGGCCCCUUCUUCCUCCUCCUCCUCCUCCUCCUCCUCUUCUUCGUCAUCAUGGGCUAGAGAGCACCCAGGGGGUGCGUGCGCUGCCCCCCUUCCGCUCCGCAGAGACUCUGAGAGUAGCGACCAGCACAGUCUGCUUUCUGUCACCUCUACAGAUGACUUUUCUGACGAUAUUCCCCUGCUGAAGGAAGCAUGAAGCCUGCCAGCCUGCUAUCAGCAUCAGUGGCAGAGCCCCCAAUAUCCUUAUCUCUCACUGCUGACCAGGACUGACUGUGGCUGUCAACCCACUUCCCCUGACUCCCCUCAGCAGCCAGCAGAGAAAAGACUAGAACUAUGCCCAUUCCCCAUGCAAACUCCUCUGCCAUUGCCACCCAUGCAGAGCAAAGCCAACAACCAAUACUCCCUGCAUCAUAAGCAAUGAGGAAGCACCGCUGGACCCAGCAACUGGAUCAAACUAAAGACAAGCCAGACAAACAAAGUGGUGCCAGCUCAACAUAAAUCCUGUAGAUCCUAUGUAUAUGAGUAAAGCAUACAUACCAAGUCAAGGUUGUGUACUAUAGGCUAUGUAUUACUAUACACUUGCCUCCUCCCAGGUGUAGUUCUCUAUAUUAAAAUGGCUCACAGAAGCUUCAUUGGAGAAGGCUAUAGCAAUUGAGACACGUUGGAAUCUGUCUGGGAGUACUUCAGAUAAAAGAAAAAAAGUGAAAUAAAACAACUUGUGAUGUUUGCUCCUGACGCCGUGGCGCUCAGAAUCGUCUUCCCGCUGUACUUGAAAAGUUGUGAGUGGCGGCCGGGUUUUUGCAGCCCGCUUUGUGAAUGUUGCAUGUUGUUUUUAGUUAUUGCUGUCACAGCACGGUGGCCCACUCUGAAUGAAGCAUGAAGCCUCCGCUGUCUCUCUCUCUCUCUCUCUCUCUCAAGCUAUCUGUGUAUCUUGGUGGCGUCUAGCAUGUGGAUUAGUGAGAUUGAGAACCACUUCACAAGAGCUAAAAGCAGGGUGCAGUGUUUUACGAAGCACCGUAUCACAACUAUAAAAAGACCUUUUCCUGCUUCUUUCAUUUUUUUAUUUUAUUUUUUUUGAUGCCAGCUGCACCCAGGUGCUUCUUCUGUCGCAUGAGUGGGAUUGAUUGGUGUUUUGGUCCCAGGACUGCGCCAUACAUCUUUUCUGUAUGAGGACAGGGACACAUAAUGUCACAUUUUGUCUGAAAGCUGAGGAGAGGGUUGUCUUUCAACACGGUGAUUGGGCACACGACUGAACUUUAAGGUUGUUUCACUUUCCCCCCUUCCCCUCCACUGUAUUUAUUGUUUGUUCUGUUGCUCGGUUUGCUUUGAGUUGCAGAAUCUCAUUGCAUGUGUGUGUGUGUGUGUGUGUGUGUGUGUGUGUGUGUGUCCGUGUCCACUAGGCUGGAGAUGACAUAACCUCAUAUGGUAGGCUGCGACACAGCCAUUGUCUGAUUGGCCUCUCUUCAGAUUAGAGACUGGCUGCACAAUGUCCCUGUCUUUCACCCUUGGAAAAUAUCCCUCCCAGCACUGAAUAAGUCACAUGAACAAACCAGCGUCACUUCAGGCAACGAGUCCGCUACACAAUGUGUGUAUUAUUCAUCUACUCUCAAGCUAGAAUAUUUAUCGUUUUCUGCUGAAUGGCUGGAAAAGACGAGUCUCCUUAGAGGAACUGGCUCUCGCCCACCUUCGCGCUAUACCGAAGACUCUCCACUUUCGUGCAUUAAUGACACAACUGCAACUGGUUGCAGUGAAAUGAUAAAAGUUUUUGUUAUAUGGCACCCACUCCCGCCACAUACGCUCACUCACCCUCCUAAUGCCAAGUGCAAAUUUAAGAGAAAAUCGUGCUAUUUUGUUAGAAAUCAUCCUCUGUUUUCAUUGCCACUUGAAAAGCUUUGGUAGUUGAGCUGGUCACCCUGGAAACGGCAUGACUCCGAAGGAUCCUGAGAAUUACUUUUCAAGCUUAACUGCUCAGAGAAAAAAACAAAAACAAACAAACAAAAAAAAAACAACAACAGAACAACCCAGUUGGAUUUCUGUUUUAUUUGGCAUUUGUGGCUGUCUGUCAGUGUCGACGGCUACAUCAUUAAUGCAAACAGAAUGUUGCCUUAGACUUGGACAAUUUCUUUUUUUUUUGGGACGUAUAAUCGUUGGUUGCUUUACAGUAUUGCAACGUGUUCUGUUUUCCCAAUGGCCUUACUCUGUUUUUUUUUUUCUAUCCUAUGCAUAAAACUGUCUUUGUGUAUUUAUCAUUGAGUUUACUUUUGUUGUUGGACACGACUAAAUGAAUGUCCAUCCUUCUAUGUCCUCCCUUAGCUUUUCCAGCUACUGUGCUGAUGAUGAUGAUGAUGAUGAUGAACCUAUAAGCACCUAUAUUUCACUGUUCCUUUACUUCUCUUUUGCUACAAGGCAUUCAGAUAUUAUGAGGUUGAAAAGGAAAAAAAAUAAGUAAGAUUGACUUUGCGUUCAGAAGCACUGUUGUACGGUGUUGCUUCCCUGAGAAUAACAGGUUAAAAAAAGUACACAUUUUGAUUCUUAGUUUCAUUGCUUUCAGCUUUGGUUUUUCCUCUGUACAUGGCAGUGGGUGUGAAGAUAGUAAUUUAAUAUUUGUAUAAAGUUUAAUUUAAUUUUACAGUGUGUAUAUAACUUUCUAAUUAAAGCUUUCUUUUGAAUGUGGAA